GCCGCACAGUCAACAACUGCCUCUGAAACACUCUCAAAAAAGAAAAACACCCAACUGUUAUAUAUCGAACUGCUUUCACCGCCGCCAAAGAUGCACGGAUACCGAACCUACAACAUGGAGAGCCACCAUGCCCACCACGACGCCAGUCCCGUGGACCAGAAGCCGCUGGUUGUGGACCUCCUGGCCACCCAGUAUGGCAAACCCCAGACGCCCCCGCCCUCGCCAAAUGAAUGCCUAUCCAGUCCGGAUAACUCGCUGAACGGCAGCCGCGGCUCGGAGAUUCCCGCCGACCCGUCGGUCCGUCGCUACCGCACCGCCUUCACCCGUGACCAGCUGGGUCGUCUGGAGAAGGAGUUCUACAAGGAGAACUACGUGUCGCGUCCGCGUCGCUGCGAACUGGCCGCCCAGCUCAAUCUGCCGGAGAGCACCAUCAAGGUGUGGUUCCAGAACCGCCGCAUGAAGGACAAGCGCCAGCGCAUUGCCGUCGCCUGGCCCUAUGCCGCCGUCUACUCGGACCCCGCCUUCGCCGCCUCCAUCCUGCAGGCGGCCGCCAACAGUGUGGGCAUGCCCUACCUGUCCACCAACCCGAUGAUGGCCCCCGGAAUGCCGCCCAUGGCCAUGCCCCAGAUGCAGGCCAUGCAGAUGCCCGGCCACGCGGCUCAUCCCUCGCCCUACGGACAGUACCGCUACACGCCGUACCACAUCCCCGCCCGGCCGACGCCCCCGCAUCCCGCUGGCCCUCAUAUGCACCAGCAAAUGAUGGGUAACAGCGCCGCCAGCUCCGUGUCCGCCUCCGCCGCCUCCUACUCCGCCGCCGCCGCCGCCGGCCUGCUGGGCGCCCUGCCCUCCGGCUCCUGCUAUCCGGGACUGGGCGUGCCCAAGACCCAGACGCCGCCACUGGACCUGCAGUCCUCCUCCUCGCCGCACUCCUCCACGCUGUCGCUCUCGCCAGUGGGAUCCGAUCACGCCAAGGUGUUCGACCGCAGUCCAGUGGCCAUGGCUCCACUGGCGGCUCCUGCUCCAGUUCCGCUGACCACCACCAGUCCGCUGCCAGCUCCAGGCCUCCUGAUGCCCAGUGCCAAGCGGCCCGCCUCCGACAUGUCGCCACCGCCCACGACGACCAUGAUUGCGGAGCCCAAGCCGAAGCUCUUCAAGCCCUACAAGACUGAGGCGUAAGAACCUGUUCCCGAUCCCCUGACUCCCUGACUCCCCUGACUCCCCAGAUUCCCCAUCCCCCCAAAGAUUGUACAAACUAGCCUUAGUCCUCCUAUUUAUUCCCAAAGAUUGUACAGAUUGUUAAGUAAGCUAGCUAAAUGUAGUGAUAAUUAAGACACAAAA